AUGUCCGGCCCUAGCCCGCCAGGCAUGCCUCAAGCUCCGGGUGGCAUGGGUGCGGGAGGUGCAGCCAAGAUGCCUGGAAUGGGUAACAUGGGUCACAUGGGUCACAACACCGCUCCCGGAGGCGGGGAAGAAGUCGGCGAUGACUACAUGGACGAUCAGCAAGGUCAUCACCACCAUCAUCAAGCCCCAGCGGGCCAACCGGGCGCCGCCGGCGAUGACGUGAGGCAAUCGCAGGUUUUCAACAGCAGCGGUUAUGGUGGCCACUCGGCCUAUCCCGCCCCCAACCAGGCCUCCAUGCCACACAUGGGCAGCGCCCCUCAUGGCGGCCCCAUCACGGCUCGUCGUCAGAGCCGCAGCGAGCCAGAUGAGCCGGAGAAUCUGUUUCCCAACAUUCCCGAGGCCAAGAAACGCAAGUUCAUCCUGGUCGAAGACAACGUCCGUGGCUCCCGUCUUCGCGUCCGUGUCACCCUCGACGGCGUCGACACGCGCGAGAUCCCUGAUUCUUUCCGCAAGGGGUCUUCUGUCUACCCCCGCUCGUACUUCCCACGCGAAAUGCAGAGUCCGCCCCCGUCGGCUACCGGCUCCAAGUUCUUCACGGACGACGCCGAAGACGAAGACGACGGCAUCGAGGAAACUGAUAGCCACGGCGGCCGCCGGGCCCGCGGCAACCUCACCAGGAUGGUCAAGGUGCCUGUCGGCGAGAACACAGAGGCCGAGGUUGCCAUUCCCAGAAUGAGGAAAGCCAUGCGUGGCAAGGAAGUGCGAUUGAAUGAUCUGGGCUACCGCAUGGCCUGGCUUCAAAGCCGUGUCUUCCCUGGGCGUACCGUCUUCCUGCAGCGAGCCCUUGACUGCUAUCGCAAUAAGACGCGAUCGGCCAUUGAGUCCAUCAUGCAGGACGUCAAGGUGCUCGCACCUCAUUACGAGACCCGCGUCGGCAAGCGGCGCUGGAACGAUCGGAUGCGGAAGGGCGAGAGCGACGAGUAA